AUAUGAUGAAGACAUCCUAUUUAAAAUGUUUCCAAUAGUCAGUCUAAAGAGCCACGGUGCCUACAAGCCAUCUACUUGAGAACUAGCUUUCUUGUGCUAUAUAUUUUAAAUACAAAAUAUUCCGCUUGAGGCUUGAUCGUUUCAUCGAUUUUGGAUACGAUACAAACAGGUUUUGUUUUUUAAAGGAAGCAACGGUGGUGCCAAACCGGUACAAGAUAGACCUCUAAGAGGUCAAUGGAAGAUGACUGUCCACUGAAGAGCUUCAGUCAAACAGUAGCAGUGGGGACACACAGUUUCUGAAUGUUUUCAGCGACUUUAUAAAAAUGGCGCGAGAUUCAAAAUGUUGGGUUUCUUUAUUGGUUGUGGUAGGAUGUUUCUCAACAAUAACGCACGCUCAAGUGUUGGUUAGAAGUUCUUGUCCAAAUGUUACAGUCGUCUCUGAUUUCAACCUCGACCAAUAUUUAGGCAAGUGGUUUGCAAACCGCAACUACUAUGUCAGAUCGCAAGCCGGUGUUGAUUGUAUAACGGUCGAAUACACCCAAAGUGGAGAAGAAAUAGCCUUCAAACACGAAGGAAUUCAACAAGUAACAAGAAGAAAAACAACGUCAAUCGGAAGAGCUCGUCUCAUCCAACCCGGAAAACUUGUUGUUUCUUAUACCGACGAGCUGCCCGCUAAAUCGGCGAAUGCAAAUUAUUUGGUGAUCGGCACCGAUUACAAAUCUUACUCUGUUGUGUGGAAUUGCUAUGAAUUGGGGCCCAUCAGUUCACGCAUUGCGUGGGUGUUAACGCGUGAACAGCAACCCUCAAUAUCAACAAUCGACAAAGUUUACGCCGUGCUCAAACGGAACGGCCUCGACAGCGGCAAACUAAGAUUAGUAAAUCAAAAAAAUUGCACAAGGCGCUGAAGACCAAUGGCAUCCAGCCAUCGAUUAAAAAACUCCCGCAACAGAAAAACGCUAAAACCAAGUACCCUUCUGAUGUGGUGAUUGCUGACGGAUCGACAUUUUACAAAAAUGAGACAUGAAAUAAAUAAAUUAUUACGCAAUGGAUGCAUUGCAAUAAGUUUCA